CCGUGAUUGGGCCUGGGCGCGGUCGCGGGGGGAGGGGCCACGUGUGGAGUCCGGCUGGCGGCGCGCGCGGAACUUCCUUCCCCGCUUUACGGACGCCGGCCCGAGCCCCCCCGCUAUGUCCGUGUCACCCGUGAAGCGGCCGAAGAUGGAGUCGGUGCUGGAGCAGCUCAAGCACCACACCACGGUGGUGGCCGACACCGGCGACUUCCACGCAAUUGAAGAGUACAAGCCCUUAGAUGCCACCACAAAUCCAUCCCUGAUCCUAGCUGCUGCUCAGAUGCCAUCCUACCAGGAACUUGUGGAUGAGGCUAUUGAAUAUGGAAAAAAGCUUGGUGGGUCAGAGGAUGAGCAGAUGCAAAAUGCCUGUGACAAGCUUUUUGUAUUAUUUGGGGCAGAAAUACUGAAGAGAAUACCCGGCCGUGUGUCCACAGAAGUAGAUGCAAGGUUGUCUUUUGAUAAGGAAGGAAUGAUUAAGAGAGCCAGGCGUCUCAUUGACCUUUAUAAGGAAGCAGGAAUUAGUAAAGAUCGCAUCCUCAUAAAACUCUCUUCAACAUGGGAGGGUAUCCAGGCUGGCAAGGUUUUGGAAGAGGAAUAUGGGAUCCAUUGCAACAUGACCUUGCUGUUCUCCUUUGCUCAGGCUGUUGCCUGUGCUGAAGCAGGCGUCACUCUGAUUUCCCCAUUUGUAGGACGUAUCCUGGAUUGGUAUGUUGCAAACACAGACAAGAAAACCUACGAGCCUUCAGACGAUCCAGGGGUGAAGAGUGUCACUAAAAUCUACAACUACUACAAGAAAUUUGGGUACAAAACCAUUGUGAUGGGGGCUUCAUUUCGAAACACAGGCGAAAUCAAGGCGCUCGCAGGGUGCGACUAUCUUACUAUUUCCCCCAAGCUUCUGGGAGAACUCAGUAAGGACAAUACCAAACUAACUCCCAAACUCAAUGCUAAAGAUGCUCAGGCAUGUGAUUUUGAGAAGCUUCACCUGGAUGAGAAGGCAUUCCGCUGGAAGCAUAAUGAAGAGCAAAUGGCUGUGGAGAAGUUGUCUGAUGGGAUCAGGAAAUUUGCUGCUGAUGCAGUUAAAUUGGAGAGGAUGUUAAAGGAGCGAAUGUUCAGUGCUGAGAAUGGAAAAUAG